GCGCGCUCUGGCAUCACGUGACCGGGACGCGCUGUUCUUCCGUCGGCCAUUUUAGGUGGUCCGCGGCGGCGCCAUUAAAGCUAGGAGGAGGCGAGAGUGGCCGCCGCUGCUACUUAUUCUUUUUUAGGGCAGCCGGGGAGAGUGGGAGUGCGCGCCGCGCGAGAGUGGGAGGCGAGGGGGGCAGGCCGGGGAGAGGCGCAGGAGCUUUUGCAGCCACGCGCGCGCCUUCUGUCUUGUGCCUCGCGAGCUAGAGCGGGCGCGCGGCAGCGGCGGCGGGGAUUACUUUGCUGCUAGUUUCGGUUCGCGGCAGCGGCGGGUGUCGUCUCGGCGGCGGCAGUAGCACUAUGUCGGAGGAGCAGUUCGGCGGGGACGGGGCGGCGGCGGCGGCAACGGCGGUAGGCGGCUCGGCGGGCGAGCAGGAGGGAGCCGCGGUGGCGGCGCCGGGGGCAGCGGCGGCGGCUGGAAGCGGGAGCGGCGGCGGCUCAGCGGCCGGAGGCACCGAAGGAGGCAGCGCCGAGGCGGAGGGGGCGAAGAUCGACGCCAGUAAGAACGAGGAGGACGAAGGGAAAAUGUUUAUAGGAGGCCUUAGCUGGGACACUACAAAGAAAGAUCUGAAGGACUACUUUUCCAAAUUUGGUGAAGUUGUAGACUGCACUCUGAAGUUAGAUCCUAUCACAGGGCGAUCAAGGGGUUUUGGCUUUGUGCUAUUUAAAGAAUCGGAGAGUGUAGAUAAGGUCAUGGAUCAGAAAGAACAUAAAUUGAAUGGGAAAGUCAUUGAUCCAAAAAGGGCCAAAGCCAUGAAAACAAAAGAGCCUGUUAAAAAAAUUUUUGUUGGUGGCCUUUCUCCAGAUACACCUGAAGAGAAAAUAAGAGAGUACUUUGGUGGUUUUGGUGAGGUGGAAUCCAUAGAACUCCCAAUGGACAACAAGACCAAUAAGAGGCGUGGGUUCUGCUUUAUUACCUUUAAGGAAGAAGAACCAGUAAAGAAGAUAAUGGAAAAGAAAUACCACAAUGUUGGUCUUAGUAAAUGUGAAAUAAAAGUAGCCAUGUCGAAGGAGCAGUAUCAGCAACAACAGCAGUGGGGAUCUAGAGGAGGAUUUGCAGGAAGAGCUCGUGGAAGAGGCGGGGGCCCCAGUCAAAACUGGAACCAGGGAUAUAGUAACUAUUGGAAUCAAGGCUAUGGCAACUAUGGAUAUAACAGCCAAGGUUACGGUGGUUAUGGAGGAUAUGACUACACUGGUUACAACAACUACUAUGGAUAUGGUGAUUAUAGCAAUCAGCAGAGUGGUUAUGGGAAAGUAUCCAGGCGAGGUGGUCAUCAAAAUAGCUACAAACCAUACUAAAUUAUUCCAUUUGCAACUUAUCCCCAACAGGUGGUGAAGCAGUAUUUUCCAAUUUGAAGAUUCAUUUGAAGGUGGCUCGUGCCACCUGCUAAUAGCAGUUCAAACUAAAUUUUUUGUAUCAAGUUCCCGAAUGGAAGUAUGACGUUGGGUCCCUCUGAAGUUUAAUUCUGAGUUCUCAUUAAAAGAAAUUUGCUUUCAUUGUUUUAUUUCUUAAUUGCUAUGCUUCAGAAUCAAUUUGUGUUUUAUGCCCUUCCCCCCAGUAUUGUAGAGCAAGUCUUGUGUUAAAAGCCCAGUGUGACAGUGUCAUGAUGUAGUAGUGUCUUACUGGUUUUUUAAUAAAUCCUUUUGUAUAAAAAUGUAUUGGCUCUUUUAUCAUCAGAAUAGGAAAAAGUGUAGUAAAAAAUGUCUUGGAUUCAAGUUAUUAGAAGCAUAAAUCUGAAAAACCAUAAACUGUCAGAUUGAGGACAUGGUUAAAACUAGUGAAAUUUUAAAUGUUUUUGGCAAAAUAUGAUUUUUGCCACAAUAUGUCCUCCCUGUCUAAAUUGGUAAUGAUUAAUGUAGUCAGUUUGCUUGUUGGUUGUUUUCAUAUUCUGUAGCCCAUUAAGUUUUAUAUGAAUACCUUCCCAAAUACCCACUUUUUCUUCAUGUGUAUUAUGCUUUUUAAGAGAACAAAUCUGGAAAAAUUUGCAAGAACCCCUUUGCACAGUUGUUUUUAAGCUUCCAUUAAAAAAAAAAAUGAACUUAAGGAAAUCUGUAAAUUAAAGAAAAAUGCAGGUAGUUUAGAGAUUUUUUUUUUUUAAGAGUUGUGUUGAAGUUAAUAGGUAUUCAAGUGUUGAGGGGGGGAUUAAAGAAGUAAGACUGUU